UAGCCUCCUUCCUUAGCUCUAGCGCCGGCCUCCCGCGGGUCUUCUCCACUCUAUGGUGCACGUACCACCUGUGCCCGGCAGUUUGCACGGCGUCUCUCCAUUAGACCUUGGGGGGAGGAGGGGCCGACGGGCCUCCGGAGGGGCGCAGAGUCCAAGGCACUUUCCCCUCGGGGGCGGAUCCCGCACCGCCCCUCCGCUCGGCCCUCCCGCCGCGGUCAGCCAGCCUAGGCGGCAGCAGCGCGCCCCGCAGCCGAACCGCCGCGCAGGCCUGCGCUCUCUCCGGCUCUUAGCACGUGCCGCGCGGGGCGGAGGCGAAGGCGGGGCCGGAGCUGGCGGGCGGCCGGAGGAGCGGCGCGGGCGGACUGGGAGGAUGGCGGCUGCCGCGGGGGACGCGCGCAUGGUGCUGGUGUACGGAGGCAGAGGCGCGCUGGGCACCAAAUGCGUGCAGGCUUUCCGAGCCAAAAACUGGGUAACCGCGGGCAUUGACGUGGUAGAAAAUGAAGAAGCCAACGCCAGCGUGGUUGUCAAAAUGACCGACUCCUUCACUGAGCAAGCUGACCAGGUGACUGCUGAUGUUGGGAAGCUUUUGGGUGAGAAGAAGGUGGAUGCAAUUCUUUGUGUGGCUGGAGGAUGGGCAGGAGGGAGUGCCAAAGCUAAAUCUCUCUAUAAAAACUGUGACUUAAUGUGGAAACAGAGCAUGUGGACCUCAACCAUCUCUAGUCACCUGGCAACCAAACACCUCAAGGAUGGAGGCCUUCUGACUUUGGCCGGAGCCAAGGCUGCUUUAGAUGGAACGCCAGGAAUGAUUGGCUACGGCAUGGCCAAGGGAGCGGUCCAUCAGCUGUGUCAGAGCCUGGCUGGGGAGAACAGCGGCAUGCCGCCGGGUUCCGCUGCCAUCGCUGUGCUUCCGGUUACCCUGGAGACGCCUAUGAACAGGAAAUCAAUGCCUGAUGCAGUUGGCGCCUGGACCCCAUUAGAAUUCCUUGUUGAAACCUUUCACAACUGGAUCACUGGAAAAAACAGGCCAAGCUCCGGAAGCCUAAUCCAGGUGGUAACCACGGGAGGGAAGACUGAGCUGACACCGGCUUACUUUUAAUAAGUCACCUAAGAUCGCAGCACCAGAAGAAAGAACUAACAGAAUCCUAAUGCUCAGUGUACAUGUUUUCUGGCAAAUCUAUAAUGCCCCUUAACAGUGCCAGGUAGAGAUCAGUAUGUCUCAUUCGUUUAAUGUUUCUGUCUCCUUUUCAAAAGUAUCAGCUGUUUAUUUGAAAGAAAUAAAGGAUUACAAGGGUGAAGACCCCCAAGGAGAGGGGGAUGCUCAGAGAUGUCAUCUCUGACUUGUUUGGUGACCUUGUUUGGUGUCCUCUGGGGCCCUGGUCAUAACCUGUGCUUUGUGUCUCUUCUGUCCAGUUUCUUGCAGUAGCUUCUCCUCUUCACUACCUGAGUGAUGUGUUGCAUUGGUGUGUGCUGGUCAUUUUUUUUUAUUGUCAAGAUACUGUUUGAUCCGGUAUUUGUGUAAUG